AUGUGUUACUGGAAUUGUCCGAAACGAAACAAGCAAUCAAUUUCCCGUAACGGCAAAUGCCUAUGCCGAUUGAAUGAAGUAAUCGAAAGACUACUGACGCUCUGUGAUGCGGACAUUUCGAACGAAACGCUGUUGCAAGUCGCUCAAAUUGUGGCUGUGAUUUUGCUAUCUUCAAAUUUAACCAUUACUCAACUGGAUUCCAGCAGACUAGCCAAGAAGAUACUGGGCACAUCGGAGAAAAAUAUUUUCGAACAUUUUGUCUGGGCAUUGGUGGAGUGGUCACAGUUUGAGGUACUUAUUUUGCCGGAGUAUUUGAAAUAUUUCGAAAAGCAUUUCGAGAGCGAAGCGAGUUCUUUUGAUUUGAUGGCCAAGAUUAUUUUGGAAAAAUCACCGCUUUGCCAUGAUGGCAUCAGUUUGGAUAACUGGAAAAUUUAUCGAAUCAGUUUCAAAUCUGAGGAUACUGUCAGACGAAUAGAAAAUAUCAUCAGCAGUGCUGAUCAAUCGGAAACUUUUAUGCUGAGCUUAAUAUUGUAUCCACAUAUUACCGGAAAGGACGUUGAAGAACCAGUUAAGUCCCUUAAGCUAAGAGUGGAAAAACUACUGAACGAAAUUCAAGACUACAAUACAUUGGAAGCGGAGCCGUCUAACUGGACAAGCCUACAAAAUGCAUUCUAUGAACUAUCAACAAUUAUCGAAACUCUUAUUCAUCUCAACCAAUCAGAGAUAGUGGACUUACACGAAGUAACAUCGAAACUUCUUCGAUAUUGCACCGAUGCAAAAUUUACGCCAACACUCCGAAUAUUGGAUCAAGUCUUAGUCGUUCAACCGGUCGAUAAACUGAAUUUUGCAUUAUUUCAAACGAUCCACGACAAACUGGAACUCAAUCUAUCAUCACAGUCGCAUGAGGUUCGUUUGUUAACAGCCCAUAUUUUUCAAAACUUUUCGAACCUGCCAGAGCUUCAACAACCGAAAGAAUCGAUCUUCGAGAUUAUCUACAAAUGUGAAAAUGUGGUUUCCACCGUACAAACGUAUCGUGACCAACUGAUGAAUUUGCAGAAAUUAAGCGCCACUAUGGAACUGUUUCGCGGAAUGAGUGGAACAUUGUGUCGUUUGGAUCCGUUGAGGUACUUGUUGGGCGUAUAUCACAUCAACUUUAACCUUCUGUGGAAACCUGUGUCGAAGCUGAUAGGCGAAUACUCCACCAAACUGCCAAUAACAGAAUUCUGGCCAAUAUUUCGAGAAAAGUUAAAUUCAACAACUGUAAACAUUCGGAAUCCCAUUGUUGAUUCAGAGUUGUCGAUCAGCGCGGACUUCAAAUCUUCUGCUCUGCAUGAGCAGUUUGAUAAAAUGUGGACAGCUAGUGACCGAACAGACUACGUUAAUUAUCGAAUUCUUCUUUGGCGUAUGAUGGCUGAUUGUGGCCAAUUGGUUGAAACGAAAAAUCGUGAAAUUGUGGAAAUAUUUUUGGAUUUCAUCGACACUGAGUACAAUCGAGAGAAUGAUUCUGGUGUUUGGAAUCUGAUGUCGCAGAGCGAAGUGGAUGUCGAUAUGGUUGACGACGAAAAAAUUGAUAACGAAACCAAAGACGAUGCUAGAAAAGACAAGACUAAAAAGGUCUCGUCCACGGCAUUCCGUUCGUUUUUGCCAAUGAUGUCCGUUUUUACAAAACUGGUGAAUCCGAAACAACUUUACAGAGAAAAGGACAUGUAUGAACUGUAUAUGAACUUACUGUCCCAUUGGAAUUCAAGUGUUCAGAAAAUUGCAUUAGACUGUUUAAUGGCCUACAAGCACGCAUACCUCAUUCCAUACAAAGAGCAACUGUACGGGAUAAUUGAUGAAAAAACAUUUAAGAAAACGAUGACUUCAUUCAAAUUGGCCAAGGAUGAGUCGGUUGUUGUUGAACAGCAUCGAAAGGAUUUAAUGCCGAUUCUAAUGCGAAUUUUGUACAGUAAAUUGACAACUAAAGCACCGAAAGGACAAGGACAGGAGAGAAAGUCACUGAUCCUACGAACACUUGGUGGCUGUGAUGAAAACGAAAUUCUUUUGAUCCUGCACAUGGCCUUUAAAGUGUACGACCGCUUUUUGUCAGAUGAUCCCCAUACAAUGGUUACGUCCAUAUUGAGCAAGAUCGAUUUCACGUCGGUAAUAUCAGCUAAGAAAAUGACGAGCACCCUGAAUUUCAUAGAAAUUGUUCGAGAAGAAAUUGCCGGUUCCAAAAGUCCUCAAUUUCUGAGAUACCUACUGAAAAUAGUGAUGUCAAUUGGCGCCAUCGUGAAUCAUAUCAUCGAUAAAGGUCAACAGAUACAUCCAUCGUUCCUAAAAAUGUACAAAGCAAUUCGAAUUGCUUGCUUGAAAAGUGUGACCAACUGUUUCUGCCAUUUCGAAUCGUAUCCGUGGGACUCAGCGGAAAUCGAAUCAAUAUUCCACGUGCUUAUUACGCCAUCACUACACAAACUGACGAUGGAAAGCCUUCAAAGUCCGACGCAGCUUCUACGGCUACUCCACACAUUCGGCAAAAAUCCUCGGUAUUUCACCAUGUUAACAAAACAGCCACGAAAUGCAGCAGACGAUCAGACUCCGAUCAAAUAUCUUUUCGAUUUGCUGCUGAAUCCGCAAAGCAAACCAAUUGUUUGUCGCACCAUAAUGGAAAUAAUUGAAAGUUUGGUGACACUCAGCGACGAGCAACCGAACGAAAAUGAGAAGGUUGUUCCACCGAUUCCAGUCGACAACUGCAAGACACACGAUUCAACACGGUUAAAAAUCAACUAUGGCAGUGCGAUAAUCAUACCUUUUCUACCGAAAUUGUUGGAGAAAUUCCAAAUCAACUUAAAGAAGCGAAUGGGUUUGACUAGAAGAGAUGUUCUGAUCUUAUCUCGCUGCACUGAACUGAUCGAAGAAUCCGAAUCGUGCAGCACUUUGCUGAAACUAACUCUUCCUAUUCUCAUACGAAAGUCAAAUUCACGCACCGACGAAGAAUCACUGAAACAAAUGGUUCUCACUGUUUCGAAUUUGCUUGAAAAAGUGGAACACCCAGAACGUCAUAUUCCGGAUAUCGCUCCCAUGUUCCAGAUAAUGUCAUCGGUUGAACCACGGAAAUUGUUGUGUCGGCUCUUAGACAGGAUCAGUAAGCGUGUUGGUGAAGAUGAACUUGUCACCAUGGUAAAAAUCGUGGAUGAAUUAAACGCCUGGAAUAGGAAGUUUAUUGAACAACCAGACUAUGAUCGACGAUUAGAAGCUUAUGCAGAAGUGGAGCGGUUACAGAAUGCAGGAAAACUAAACCUGAAUCUGGGUCUCAUCGUCAUAUACCAUUCGUUUUACUUUCUUCGAGACCAUACGAUGUGUGACACAGCCAGUCGUAAUUUACAGUCAAUGGUUCCUGCUUUAGUUCGUCAGUUAGAAAAACGACAAACCGACGUGGAUUACUUGAUUGGAAAUGUUAUCCUCAAUUUGAUUCGACGAAAUCUGAACGAUUCGAAUGAAAGUGUUUGGAGAGAAGGGAUUUUAUUGUUGGGUGAACUUGCCAGAGAAUGUCCAUCGGCGCAUCCUGUGCUCCAGGACUUACAUCAACUGACCAACAAGCAGGAUAGAGAAGUCGAUUUCUUCGACAAUAUCACACACAUCCAAUCACAUCGUCACGGAAAAGCUUUGCUCAAAUUUUGCUCGGUAGCGAAAACUUUUGAUCGCCCGCCAAACAUCAGGACAUUGACGCAAUUCAUUUUGCCAUUGGCAUCACAAUAUAUUUGUACCGAAAAGCAUGCAAGCAAACAUGGUAUUAUAACGUCAGCCAUCGAGACCAUUGGAGUCGUUUGCAGAUUGCUGCCGUGGUACCAGUACGAGAUGAUUUUGAAACAUUAUUUGAAGAAGAUGCGAACUAAUGCGGAUUUCCAGAAACAGUUGGUUCGAUUAGUUAUGGAAAUUCUCAACCAAUUCCACUUUGAUUUGUCAAUGGCAAAAAUCGCACCUAAAGACCUGGCCAAAGAUUUCAAGAAAGCGGAAGAGGAGCAAGUCGAGAAUGAGGUUGCGAAGGUGGCUAAAGAUGAUGAAGACACUGAAGAACUGGUGCUGGCUGCUGAAAAUCAGGACGACGAAGAAUUGAAUGAUAAGCUGUUAAUCGAACAAGAAGCAGACGAAAUCCAUGAAGUUGAUCCAAGUGCUGCUAAGAAACAGAAAAUUUCGAUUUUUGAUAAACAAAUUGUGUUGAGCCACAACGCAGCCAAACGGGUUGUACAAACGAUAACCACUGGACUAAUUCCAAGUCUUCACAAUUCCAUUACGACCAUGAGCACGUACGAAAGCUUUCACAAAUUAAAUAAGCUGAAGCGACGUUCCGAACGAGAAGAGGAAGAAAUAUUGCGAGUUCCGAUUGCCUUGGCUAUGGUAAAAUUGCUCCAAAAGCUCCCAGAGGGAAUGUUGGAACAUUCUUUACGUGGCAUUUUCAUCAAAGUCUGCAUGUUUCUCAAGUCACCUCUAAAAUCGGUUCGUUUGUUCACCCGGAACAUUUUGAAAAACAUCAUGCAAAAUGUGGGCACCAAAUAUCUUGGCCAAUUGAUGAAUCAAAUGACGUCAAUGUUGACUCGAGGCUUCCAAGUUCACGUUUUGACUGUCACAAUGUACGGAGUCUUGGACGUACUCAAGCAUAACUUUAAAGCAGGUGAAAUCGACGCUGUUCUGCAGAGUAUCCUGAGCGUUUGUCUUGAAGACAUUUUUGGACAGACCAGUGAAGAAAAGGAAGUUAAAAAAAUUGCUGGUCAUACCCCGGAGGCGAAGCCAAGUAACUGCAGUUUUCAGUCACUAAAUAUUGCUGCCGUCAACAUUAGCGAGUCAUGUAUGCUGGAUCUGUUGGUUCCACUAAAGAAUUACCUGUUGAAAUCACAGUCGAAAAAAGUGGUUACAAAAGUUCAAAGCUGUUGCCAAACGAUUGCUGCUGGCUUGGUGCAAAAUAAAAACAUUUCGUUGGAAUCACUGCUGAUGUUCAUCUACGGCACAGCAUCAGAAAGUAUCCCGGAUUUACUGCCAGGUCCAGCUAAACCAGUUCUCACGCAGUCUGAAAAAGAGAAGCAAAGCCGCAUCCGAACUGAUUGUCUCUUACUACCGGAACAACCUCGUGGACGAACAGGUGCUGUAACGAAAGCUGUUGUGACGAAUGUACGAGCCAACGCCCAUGUUAUGAUUGAAUUUGGCUUAUCGAUGCUGCAGAUAAUUUUGAAGCGUGGCAAAAUUAUGAAAAUCAAGUACGAGCCGUUUAUAAAUCCGAUUAUACCCGUAUUAUUGGACUCGUUGAACAGUGCACACAUUCUCGUCACGAUUUACUCGUUGAAGUGCUUAACCGAAAUGUGGAACAAAACAAUGGAAUUGCAGAAACUGAACGAGUUGACACCAGCAAUUGUUCAAGUUAUUUUCCAAAUUUUACACAAAUAUGCUACGCCCGGCAUGGCAACUGUAAACGAAAACUUUCGCUUGAUUAAAAAUGCUUUUGGAGCAAUGGUCGCCGUUAUUCGUAACAAUCAACAUUUCACCGUCACUGAGGAUCAGCUCAGAACGCUACUGGUGUACAUCGAUCAAAACAUUGGCGAUUCGUCGAAUCAGGUACAUGGCUUUACAAUGUUAAAGGUGGUGCUCGACAGACAGCUAGUUGUGGCUGAAAUUCACGAUAUCAUGCGAAGGAUAAGCGAAAUGGCAAUCACGUCGGAAUCGACAAUUACGAGAACAGAGGCUAAACGUUUGCUGAUCAACUAUUUAAUGAAUUAUCCGCUUGGCAAAAAGAUUGACGGAUAUUUCAACUUAUUCGUGUCAAAUCUAAACUACGAGACUAUGACUGGGCGAGAUGCAGCGAUUCAAAUACUACUCAAGAUAGUCAAUCGAUUUCCGCAAGACAUCGUGAACAAGAAAUCAUCUUUCCUGUUCGUUUGGCUCGGAACCAGAUUGGUCAACGAUGAGUCGCCGGAAUGCCGACAAUCUGCAGCCGCUUGCAUUGAGUCAUUAAUUGCAAAAUGUGAUGAAGUGCAUCAGGAUCAAUUGUUUGGCGUUGUGUUGGAAAUGUUGGGAGACAGUAAAAAUGCGCAUAUAGAAUUAGCGGCGAUGCUCUGCUCCCGGUUUAUUGCCGUUGAAAAGGCCAAGUUCGUUAAACGAAUCGAACAAGUGUUGCCCUUGUUAAUAGACACUCUGCCGUUGUCUAAACAUAAAGGACCCGGUCAAUAUGUGCUGUUGCGUAAUGCUGAUAAAAUUGAAUCGGACGAUGAACUCGAUGAAAACAAGGCUGAACUUAAGCAGAGUCAACGUGAACGUUCCAAAGAUCAUCAAAUUAUCCAGGUGACCAACACGAUAUUGAAAAUUUUGGAAAGCUAUCAGAGCAGCAUGCCCGGUUUCGCCGAAUGUAUCGACCAAUUGGCAUACGAAUCGCAGCAGUUGUUGGCAUACGAGCAUGUUUGGGUUCGGAUAAAUGCUGCCAAAAUUUUAGGUUUCAUUCUCGGCCAAAUCGAUGUGGCACAACUGAAAUUGGCAUUUUCGACCGAUAAUACAGAAGAACCAGAUCAACACUAUUUGUUCAAAAAUCCAUCCGCUGAAUUGAAGUCCUUAUGUUUGGAUUUAUGUGCGCAAUUGGUUCCUGAAGCAACAGACGAAGAUAUGGCUGAUGAGGCAGUGAAAAAUCUACUGUAUGUGGCAAAUAUGAUCAAGGACAUUUCACUGGAAAAGCAGGACGCAGUCGAAAACAAAACUAUUAAUCUGUAUUGGUUGAUGCGACGAAUGCGCUAUGUAGUACAUGCAGAAGUGGCAAAAACACCGCAUAUCACCGUUCUGAGAACUGCUGUCUUCCAUUGGAUCGAAGGUUUAAUUGAACUAUUACCAGAAAAUACGCUCAACGAACUAUCCAGCAGUUUGAUGGCUCCGCUGGUUCGUGAAAUGUCCGAAGAAGACAAAAACAUUGAUCCGAAAAUGAGACAAUUGGCACUGAAAGUCGGAAACAGUCUUAAGCAAAAGAUAGGCGAUGCUCAGUACCAGUUGUUGAAGACGCGCAUACUAACGAAAUUGAUGCUUCGAAGAGCUGAACGAAAGAAGCUUAAUGCUCAAAUAAAAGUUGACGAUCCAGUCAGAGCAAGUCUUCGGAAAAUAGGUGAAAGGACCAGAAAGAAGGAGGCGAAAAAACGUAAAAUGGAUGUACUGAAGGGUCGUGCUCUUCCAAAGAAGAAGAAGAAGAGAAAUUUGGGCGAAGAUGAUGAUUUGUUUUAAUUUGCUUAGAAAUUAUAUUUUACUGA